UAUACCUCUGGCCCAGUCUGUGUCGUUCACCCACAUUUAUGGCUUUUUGCAAACCCGACAGCUGCACAAGCAAAGGAGUAUGACGUGGUCAUCAAUGUUGCCAAGGAGAUUGCGAGUCCGUUGUUGGAAGAGGCAAGUGGUCAUGAAGAACCUACAGUGCCUCCGCGCAAGUUGGCUGGUGUUGAGUAUGUGCAUGUACCAUGGCAGCACAAUGCAUCGCUUGCACAGGAUCUUCCGUCCUUGACGGCGUACAUGGACCGUUGUCUGAAGCAGGAGAAGCGCGUGCUGGUUCAUUGUCAGCAAGGUGUAUCACGGUCUGCAUCGUUGGUGAUUGCCUAUGUUAUGAAGAGUAUGGGCAAGGAUGUCAAUGAAGCGUAUGGCUUCGUCAAGCAUGAGAGUCCCUGGAUUGGACCCAACAUGACACUCAUCUAUCAACUCUGCGAAUGGGGAAAAUUGCUCAAACGU